AUAAAAGAAAAAAAUAAAUUGCCCGUUCUCAAGAGUCUGCGCAAAAUUUAUUCUUAAAAAUAAACAAAGAAAGAGGAAAGAAAGAGGAAAGAGUUCGACUGACAAGACUCGGCGGCUUCAUCCGAUUUCCAAUACUUAUAUACGAGUUCCAACAUAACUGCAAAUAGUUCUUCUUCUUCUUGAUUUUGGGGAUAAUUGCAUCUGAGUGUCACCAUUCACUAUUAUUAGACGCUUGAUUAUUUGAUUCGUCAAUAUUCUGGCCAUUAGAUUGUUUAUCUAACAGAGGGCUCUUUGCUUUUCUCAACGCCGGCCUUUCACGGAUUUCAUGUUUAUGAUAAGUGGACUGCACAGCAUCAAUUAUGGAUGCAGUUGAAUAGAACCAUCAAUUUCCAAUAUAAUUUGUCUUCAACACAUCAUUUAUCUAUGGGCGAGUGGAUAGUUGGAGCCUUCAUCAACUUCUUCGGCAGCAUUGCCAUCAAUUUUGGGACAAACCUUCUUAAAUUGGGUCAUGACGAGAGAGAGAGACAUUCAAUGCUUAGCAGUGAUGAGACGAAUGGGAAGACCAUUAUGAAGCCCAUAAUUUACUUCCAGGCUUGGAGAAUUGGCAUUCUUUUUUUCAUUAUCGGAAAUUGUCUUAACUUCAUUUCCUUUGGAUAUGCUGCCCAGUCCCUUCUUGCAGCUCUAGGAUCUAUUCAAUUUGUGUCAAACAUCGCCUUUGCCUACUUCGUGUUAAAUAAAACUGUGACUGUUAAGGUACUCGUGGCCACAGCCUUUAUUGUUCUUGGAAACAUCUUCCUUGUUGCUUUCGGAAACCACCAAUCACCUGUUUACACUCCAGAGCAAUUGGCAGAGAAGUAUGGAAACACUACAUUCCUGAUUUAUUGUUUAAUUUUGGUUUUGAUUGUUGGCUUGCAUCACUCAGUAUAUAGGAGAGGAGAAUUGCUGUUCACUAUCCCCGGAAAUGACAUUCAGCCUUACUGGCACAUGCUUCUUCCACUUUCUUAUGCUAUUGUUUCAGGUGCUGUGGGAUCAUGUUCAGUAUUGUUUGCAAAGUCUCUCUCAAACUUGCUAAGAUUGUCCAUUUCAAGUGCCUAUCAGUUGCAUAGCUGGUUCACUUACUCCAUCCUUAUAUCAUUUCUUAGUACAGCUGGAUUUUGGAUGGCAAGGUUGAAUGAAGGACUAUCGCUUUUUGAUGCGAUGCUCAUUGUUCCUAUGUUCCAGAUUGCUUGGACAUUUUUCUCCAUUUGUACAGGAUUUGUAUAUUUCCAGGAAUAUCAGGUGUUUGACGCAUUACGAACCACAAUGUUCAUACUAGGAAUGAUUUCAGUAUUUAUAGGCAUUUCUUUAUUGGCACCUGAUGAAUCAAAAGGCUGGGAAAUCAAGGAUACAGCACCGGCUUCUAUUCCUUCAAGUCUUCCUAAUGACAUGGACAGGCUGGUCACGCCUGCUGACGAUUCACAAAUUAAAGAUAUGAGAUCACUUGCACGGGUGAUGCAGAUUAAGGCUGCAAACUUGAUGGUCAAGGCAAAGACUGCUUGUUCAUUGUCACUUGGUUUGGGAGAAGAUUCAAUGCAUGCAUCUUCUGUUUUUGUGAUGCCCAUGGCUUCAUCAAAAAUAACGGGUUUUAGGGGAAGUAAUCUCGAUCGGACAAAGUUAUUCUCCCUGAGAGGCCCAAGUUGGAGUAUGGUUGCAGUAGAAGAGGAUGAUGAUGAAAUCUCUGAAAAGUAGUUUGAUACGGCUUCUAAGCUCCCUUGGAGUCUCAAUUAAAGUUGGGAUUAGCGGGGGGGACAACAUAUUCCCACGGAUGUCUUCUGAAAAAUCUGUUCUCGACCACUAUUAUUCUAUAUAUAUAGAGAUAUUUCCACUUUUGCUUUUUAACAUUCAUUAGUAUCUCUUGUUAUUCUACAACUUGUUUGGUUUACUGGAAUAGCGAAUGGUGUAUUUAGUCUGGUUCUGUUGUAUAUGGUAUAAAUCAAUUAAUUGUAACACCUUGAAAAUUUUUACGUAUUUUAAAACAAGAGUGACUAACUUUUAUUGUGUGAUC